GUGCGUGAGCGCGGCGGUCAGUCAGUCGGUGAGGCCGCCGGCGGGAGCAGGGCCGGGGGCGGGAGGGGGGCCUCCGCCGCCCGCCGCCAUGAAGGGCAAGGAGCGCUCGCCGGCCAAAGCCAAGCGUUCGCGGGGCGGCGGGGGCGGCGAGGACUCGGCGUCCUCCUCCUCGUCGGCGCGGGGCGAGCGGAGCAGCAAGAAGCCGAGCGGCUCCGGCGGCUCCAACGGCAGCGGCGGGAAAGCGGCGGCGGUGGCGGCGGCUUCCAACGAGAGCAACAGCGGGAGCAGCCGGCGCGGCGCGCACCCGGACAAGGCCGGCCGCGCCGGCAGCCGCGAGUACGAGGCCGGGGCGGCGGCGGCGGCGGCGGGCGGCGGGGGCAGCCGGCACGGCUACGGCGGCGGCGGCAGCGGCAAAACCGCGGAGGCGUCGCGGAGCAGCAGCAGCCGCGGCGGUGGGGGUGAGUCCCGGGCGCCGGCGGCGGCCCCGUCCUCCUCCUCCUCCGAGUCGGGCGGCGGCGGCGGGGAGUACAAGACGCUGAAGAUCAGCGAGCUGGGCUCGGCGCUGAGCGACGAGGCGGUGGAGGACGGGCUCUUCCACGAGUUCAAGCGCUUCGGCGACGUGAGCGUCAAAAUCAGCCGCCUCCCGCCCGGCACCGGCGCUGCCGACGAACGCGUGGCCUUCGUCAACUUCCGCCGGCCCGAGGACGCCCGUGCCGCCAAGCACGCCCGCGGCCGCCUCGUGCUCUACGACCGCCCGCUGAAAAUCGAGGCCGUCUACGUCGGAGGCGGCGGAGGGAGCAGCCGGCGACGCAGCAGCCGUUCCCCAGCACUGCUGGACAAGGAGUCUCCCUACGGCACGGCGGCCGUAGGGGUGGCGGCUGCGGCGGCAGCGGCCGUGCGGCACCCUCCGGCUGGGGCGACGCAGCGGGCCUUGUCGCCUGCCGGUAGCGGCGGGGCCCUGGGUUAUCGAGACUACCGGCUGCAGCAGCUCGCCCUGGGCCGCUUGCCGCCUCCGCCCCCUCUGCCCAGGGAGUUGGAGAGGGAGAGGGACUACGGGGGUUUCUACGAAGCGCGAGUGCGGCCGGCGUAUGGGCUGGAGCGGGUGGCUGGCGUGGCGGCUGCUGGGGGCUUUCGUGGAGGAGGAGGGGGUGCUGGAGCUGCCGGCGAGGAGGAGAUCAGCCCUGAGGAUGACCAGAGAGCCAACCGCACGUUGUUCCUGGGCAACCUGGACAUCACCGUGAGCGAGUCAGAUUUACGCCGAGCUUUUGACCGUUUUGGGGUCAUCACUGAGGUGGACAUCAAAAGGCCGGGGCGUGGGCAGACCAGCACGUAUGGUUUUCUUAAAUUUGAAAAUCUGGACAUGGCGCACCGGGCCAAGUUGGCCAUGUCAGGAAAGGUGCUUCUGCGCAACCCCAUCAAGAUUGGGUAUGGUAAAGCCACUCCGACUACCAGGCUCUGGGUGGGUGGCCUUGGGCCCUGGGUGCCUCUCGCUGCCCUGGCCAGGGAGUUUGAUCGGUUUGGCACCAUUCGCACUAUCGAUUACCGCAAAGGUGAUUCGUGGGCCUAUAUCCAGUAUGAGAGCUUGGACGCGGCACAGGCAGCGUGCACCCACAUGCGUGGUUUUCCCUUGGGUGGGCCAGAUCGCCGGCUCCGCGUAGACUUUGCUGACACUGAGCAUCGGUACCAGCAGCCCUACCUGCAGCCUCUGCCCUUGCCACCCCCUGCUCAUUACGAGCUCGUGGCGGAGGCGGCUGCUUUUGGGGCUCACCGGGGAGCCCCACCUGAUCCUCUUCGGGGGGCCCGGGACAGGACACCACCGUUACUCUAUAGAGACCGCGACAGAGACCUUUAUCCUGAGACAGAGUGGGUGCCCCCCCCACCCCCUGUACGGGAUAGGAGUAAUCGGGCAGCUGCCUAUGACCCACUGGAAAGCCUAGAGCGCCGCCGGGAUGGUUGGUCCUUGGAGCGGGACCGAGGGGAGAGGGAAUUGGGCAGUAGUAGUAGGGAUCAGCCUAGGAAACGGAGACUGGCAGAGGAUGGAGGCCGGCACUUGGACCGCUCUCCAGACAGUGAGCGCUCUUCUUCCUCCCGUAAGCGUCACUGUUUAGCCACAACCUCUCCACCGGACCGCAGCCCUGAGCUCCUUGGAGGCAGGGAGCGUUACAGUAGUGACCCCGAGCGCUCGUCCUCCCGCUUGCUCCUUUUGGAGCGGCCCUCGCCUGUCCGGGAAUCACGCAGGGGCAGCCUGGAGCGGGGUCAGAACGAAAAGCGCGACCGCAAGAAUUCUGCCGAACGGGAGCGGAAGCAUCGCGCUUCUGCGGCAGCCGCCGCGCAGGAGUGCAAAAGUCCAGCCAAAAAGGAUGAGCGCGCUACAGAAGGAGGCGGCGGAGGCUCCCGCCUCAAACCUCCUCCUCAGAAACAGCAGCAGGAUGGAGCAUCGCAGGCCGGGGGAGCCCCCAAGCUGUGCUUGGCUUGGCAGGGGAUGCUUCUGCUGAAGAACAGCAACUUCCCGUCCAAUAUGCAUCUGCUUCAGGGGGACCUCGGUGUUGCCAGCAGUCUCCUCGUGGAGGGAGCAACUGGUGGGAAAGUAGCUCAGCUCAAGAUCACCCAACGUCUUCGUCUGGACCAGCCCAAGCUGGACGAGGUCAAUCGUCGCAUCAAAGUGGCGGGUCCCAACGGCUACGCCAUCCUUUUGGCUGUGCCUGGCGCAUCAGACAACCGCUCCGCAGCCGGAGCUAGCGAGGCCGCCACCACCUCCACCCAGAGGCCACUCAGGAAUCUGGUGUCCUAUCUAAAGCAAAAGCAGGCUGCUGGGGUGAUCAGCCUCCCUGUGGGGGGUAACAAAGACAAGGAGAACAGCGGGGUCCUGCACGCCUUUCCACCCUGUGAUUUCUCCCAGCAAUUCCUGGACUCCACGGCCAAGGCGCUGGCCAAAUCAGAGGACGACUAUCUGGUCAUGAUUAUUGUCCGUGGGGCAUCCUAAGGCCCUCGUGUUCUCUGUCCCCAACCCUGCCUACUCCUCCACACAGCCCCUCCAGCGUGUGCCAGGUGCUAUGGGAUACAGCCUUAGCCAGCCCUGUCAUUAUUUUAAAUUAGAUCUUUGUUUGUAGGUGACUUUCCCUGCCCGUUUUUCUGUUACUACAUUUUUCUAUAAAGUUAGAAGCCAGAAAGUUUGGUUAGGCAUUAGCGUGAAUAGGAUAUUUUGAGAAUCCCCUCUCAGUGGGGAUAGCAGGAAGGCUAGGCCUGCUUUGAUUUAAAAAAGAAAAGAAAAAAAAGAAAAAAAAAAAGAAAAACAAAAACUGGGGGGGGGAAGAACAAACUCCUGCCUUCUUAAUUUUGAUUCGUGUCCUUUUUUCAUUUCAUGUUUUUUAAAGCAAGUUCAAUAGCUCAUCCUCGAUAGAGUUACAAACCUAAAAGACCAGAUUUAAAGCACUCAGUAGUUUAAAUGGAAAACCACAUACUUACUAGCGGACUGGUGUCAACUCAUUUUUUGAGUCCUUGAAAUUCUGUGACGGCCUCAGGCCAGCGGCCCUUUGGCACGCAUGAUCCCUUUCCUCAGGAGCCUGAAUGGUUUCCCUUUGAGUUGCAUGGCUCAAGGUUGAUGUCUUUCAGGUGACCAGCACCUGCUCUCGGGUACACUGCAGAACAUUUAAUUCCUUUAUUGGGUGUUUGAUAAUUUCAUCCAGCCCCUCAAAAUGCAUGCACUGAAGGUAUGCUUUUUUAACAGUGUAUUUCUCCUAUUUCUCUGAGUUCUGUUGUAUCCCAUAUAUGCACUUUGGGUUUGUAGCAGUGACAAUGUUUGGUAAAUAGCUGAGGACUUUGUUACAAACCAUGAAUGUCUUGUGCUUACUCUGGUAUGCAGGAAACAAGGAGGUGCUUUAAGAAUUAACUUUAGUUAUAUUGUGGUUUUUUGUUUUUACUGCCUUUUUUCAAAGAGUUGCAGGUACAGUGGGGUCUGGUUCCACAGUGCAAACUCUGAGCAAGUGUGCUUCUCUCCAGAGAUGGUUUUAAUUCUGUGAUAAUUUAAUUACAUAAAAGUUCUCAUUAACAUUUUACCUCUUUGUUAAUAGCAAGAAACUGCUGUCUGCUAGGGACUUUUCAGGUACAGUACAGUGGGCAUUACAUGAGGUUUAUCAUUUUAUAGGCAUCUGGAGUAAAGUGGUUUUAGCAUCUUGGAGAAUUAUUAAAAGUACUCCUGGAUGCUGAGGUUUGAGCUCUUGUUCCUGUGAUUCUAGGAGGUUCAGUUUGCUUUUUUUCAAAGAACUUAGUUCAUUUUGUCUUAAGUUUUUUCCCACUCAUUGGGCACUUUUCUCCAGCUGUCUUGGCCAUCUUGCUGAUACAGGCAUUUAGGAGGGAAGAAGGGAUCUAAAUCCCUGUUGUUUUGUUUAACAACUGAAAGGAUGUUGCAGCUAACUUCUAAACUGAAGUGUAAAUCUAACUGUAUCUAUUUACAGGCUCCAAAACUGUAAUCUUGCACUUAAACCCAGAAUGUAGUCUUGCACUUAGCCACAUUUUCAGAGACUUGGGCAAUGUAAAAGCGAUGCUGCUUCACUAGGUCGAUCCUCUGAUAUAUUGCUUGGGCAAUUGAUACAGGCACAAGUUGAUUUCUAUUUCAACUUGCAUGACACAAAAAUUGAGUUCAAAAUGCAGAAUAGUAGAUGAAGGAGGAAAUGUCUUGAAUGUAUUUUAUGGGCAUAACAGUUCUGAAGUGUGACUGUACUUGCUCGAGAUUCGCUGUCGCAGAAAUAUGAAUUUGUGUAACACAGCUUUACUGAACCACUCGUCAGAGAGUGCUUUGGUUUAAGUGGGCUUUGAUUUCCUUUACCUGAGCGGCAUGAGUAGGCGUAGUAUCCCAAGCAUUGCGGUGAACUGAGGACUUGAAUGUGGCAGCAUAUCUUGAAAACAGAUUUUGUUUUUAUGGCUACUUUUCUUUGUAAAUGGAAACGUACAAGCCUCAUUUAAUGCUCUUAAAUGUUUGAGGGUAAAAUCCAGGAUUUCUGGGUUGUUGUCCUUCAGUGUGAAUGUAAUAGAUGGCAGAAUUCAGCUGUUCAUCUUACUAUUAACAAUGAGAAUUUUUCAAAAUGACACGGAUAACGCAAAUAACUAUAUGUUUUAGAAGAUACAGCGUAUUUACCACUUAUUGCAAAGAAUGUCUGUUUUAAUUCGAGCAGGUGUCUGUUGUGUGUCAGCAGGUAAUAAACACUGCUGCUAACUCACUUGAAGCGCUGCUUGCAUUUAGAGUGAGUUUUCUCCUUGCAUCUGACAUGAGUCACUUACAAGCGCAGAGUUUUAAAGGAAAGAAACUUGAACCGCUGGGAAUUCAAAUCUGCCCAAAACAAAAAAAAAGAAGCACUAACGUAAUUUGUGUUCAACACUUAAACUUGCUGAGAACAGUGUUUGUUACACUGAUAUGCAGUAGGCACCUGUUUUUAAAACCCAUAAAACUUGGGGUCAACAUAGCUUGUCAAAGCAAACUUAGUGUGGGAACCCUUUUGGAAAGAGCAUCCUAGGUGCACUUCCAUUUUUCCUUGUAAAAUAGCAGUGGUUAUACCUGCCACAGGCUUUUAUGAGUCAAAAUUGUGCUGCGCUGGAGGGUAAUAAGGAACAGGCGAGGCUCUAUUUGACUCCCAGGUUUUCUGGUUCCUUAUUUAAUGGAGUACCUGCUUCUUUAAAUCUGGUUUAUUUGUGGUUGCUGCUCUGUUUUGUAAGCAAGGAUUUUAACACCCUUUGAGGGUUCUUAAUGUCAAAACAUAGUUGACUGGCAACAUUUUUUUUGCCGGCACUUAAGUUCACGUGCUGCCAUCAAGGCUGGUACAGCUUGCUCAGCUGUGCUUUUCUCUUAGGCUCUGAAGUGUGCACCAUUGGAGUAACUGUCCACUAAAAGUCGUCUUUGCCAGGGCUGAACGCGAGUAGAAGUCCGUAUGUAAUACCACUUCUGUAUAGAGCAAAACAGAUGUAGCAGACUUUAGCUCUCUCGUUGUGUUUGGCAUUAUCUUGCUCUAGCGAGAGCUCAGUAUUUCUUCUAACGUUGUGUGCAGCUGAUGUUCCUAUAUUUCAUUAGUCUGUUGAACUAGCAUGGAAAAAGGAUGUCCUUUUCCUGAAUCAUUUCAUAGUUGUGCUUUAUGCUUUGGGGAAAGAACCUCAAAUGACUCAUACUUUUGUUUAAGAUUUUAGUUUUUUGUUUUUUUUUUUUUUAAUUGGAAACUUUACGCAACUUCCUUGGCUGCCGGCCAGUGGCUUGCUUUGCUCCCGUCUAGCGUACGGUCUGCUCUUCACUGGUACUGCGGCGUGAACACUGAGGUUACCCUCAGCUCCAGAGGUUUCAGGCUUCUGGGUUACAAAUACCAAUGCAUCCUUGUAAGCAUCAUAGAGAGAGAAGGGCAUUAUGUGCCAGGCAGACAAAUCUUACCCCACUUCUCUCUUUUUUUUUUUUUCUUUUUUUUUUUUUACAAGGAUGUUAAAGGAUUGAAAUGUUUUGGUGACAACUUGCUCAGCCCCCUGUGGAGGGUGGAGAAGAGAGUUUUAGAUUUCUUGCAGUGGUUGGGGAACCAUCUGGUUAAUGGUAACUGAGGUGAAAGGCCUUAAGUAUUAAUGGGGAGGAGGAGUGAAUCAAAAUUGUGAAGACAGGUUCAAAAACUCUGAGGACUCAGGGAAAAAUGGCUUGGAAAACUCUAGUUCCUGCCUUUAAGAAAAACAGUGUUGAGGGCAGUACUCCUGGGGAGUCUGCUGUAUGCCCGUGGAACAGAAACAAAGGUGGAAGAAAUUCUUGCCAUGUGACUGUAGAGCUUUUGGGGUUCUUUCCCCUUUGUUUCCCCCUUUAUUACUUUCUGCAGAUAGCACCGAAGGACAGAUAUUCCAAUGACUUAUAAAUUGAAUGAUGCAAUGAUUUUUGUAUUAUUAGGCUUAAGGCAGACCAUAUGGUUCAGAGAAUGGUUAAUUGAAUAUUCAACUUCAUGCAGUUUUGAUUGUGUGAAAAUGAUGGAUGAGAAAUAUUACUUGAAUAGUAACAAUUUUAAAUUAUAUUAGGUGUGUCUUUGAUUUGACCUUUUCUUUAAUAUUGGAGUUGUCUGCUGUUAGAAUUACGCAGCAAAAUGAGAACAAAAGAGAAACGUGUAACACUACAUUUCAUGUUUUUGUUGGUAAGUUGCCUUCAGGAAAUACUCUUUGAGGAAAGUCAACCGAAUAAUCAAUAAUUCAGUUGGUUUUUCUCAUGGUUAAUUAUUUUGACGUGUCCCAUUAACUGUUUCUGAAAGUUGAAUAAUCAUCAGUACUGUAUGCCUAGUUUAACCUUGGUCCAAAAAGAAGCCCUGCACUACUUGUUAUGCAUCUAUACAUAGAAGGUGACUUCAUUUCAAGGUUUCGUGCCCGUGGGUGGUAUUGUUGCUUUUUGAAGUCCAAGUAGAAUAUUCAGAAAGGCCUUGUAGCUCUUUAUGUUCAUCUGUAUAAUGUAGGGAGGGGAAAAAAUCUGUUGUAUGCAUUUGUAUUGAAAUAACAUUUUCUUUCCUCCUGCAAGCAAAGCUGGUGGACUGCAGAAGACAACCACAUGGGAUACCAAGCUCUAAUGGACCUUUGGGAAGAGAAGCUGUGGCUUAUGUGGAAUUUACAUGGGCCUCUUGAUGGAAGAAAGCUUAUCUGUUUAGUAUUUGUGCAUUUUACUAAAAUGGCAGCUUUAAAAAAAAAAAAAAAGUUGUGUAUCUGCUAUUGUGAUGCCAAUGCCCGUGUUUAAGUGGAAAAAAAAAAUGACCUCUUUGCUUUGUGCUGUGUACACAAGAUUGCUGGAAAAGUAAAGGAAUACCCUUUUUAUGGCUCACACAGCUUAAAAGUAGCUGUCACUCAAACAUGCGCUCACAGUUGAGCUGAUUUUGUUUCAUUCUAAAUAAAUUGUUUCUUUUGAGGAAAA